ACAGGUUUGCGCUAAGCUACGAAGAUUCUACUCUGUGCAGGCUGUUUGGGAUUGCGUUCUGCCGUGUGUUGAGGGUUCCCUUUUCCUCUGGUCGCUGCUCAGAAGACGUAGUCUCAGGGCAGUCGCUACCUAGGUGCUCACGACUCUAAGACUGAAACUAUCUACUAGCGAGUUCAAGGAAACGAUUAACUGCUGCGAUUAACUAGUAGCAUUCGAGAAGCUCGGAUAUUUCGUGCGAAUUCAACGUUGAAAGGCUCUCAAGAAGGUUCGCGGGUCUUGAAGUGCAUCCUCUGCAGAGAUCCCCUGAAUGGCGGGGAGGGAGGGGAAGGAGACCGGACUCGAGCCCUACGUAGACCUGACUGUGUCUGUAAUCACCAAUGAUGGCCGCAACAUCGUGGGCGUGCUGAAGGGAUUCGACCAGGCCACCAACAUCAUUCUGGACGAGUCACACGAGCGAGUCUAUUCCACCAAGCAUGGAGUAGAGCAGCUGGUGUUGGGGCUGUACAUUAUACGAGGAGAUAACAUAGCGGUGGUGGGGGAGCUGGACGAGGAUCUCGACUCGAGUCUGGACUUCGAUGCGCUCAGAGCGCAGCCGCUACAGCCUGUCUGCCACUGAAAGACUCGCUGUAGUGAUUGCAGUGGGGAUUUUAGAUCGGAUCAGGCCUAGGUAGAACCUGUAGUGUUUUGUUAACUAACAAUUGCCUAGAUAAUAAAUUUCGAGAUUGACCCUACGUUAUGGCCUUAGAAAAAAACACCACUGUACGGAAUGAUGCUGACUGCCAAACGUGGGUUUUUUUUAGCAGGACAUCUUGUAUCGAG